AUGAAUGGUCUGGAUGGAGUGUCUUCUCUUGUGGUUGAUAUCAAAAAAUUUCAAAAAUUGAAUAAGGAAGCGGAAGAUCUGAAAGCAAAACAAUUACUAGAAUGCGAAGAAAGUAUUCGGAAUUUGGAGGGAAUAAUCAAAACCAAAGAUGCAGAAAACCAAAAACUUCUUCGAGAAUAUCAAGCACUCACCAAAGCUUAUAGUGCGUUACAGGCAGACUUUACGUACAACUAUCAAUUAUUCCAGGAACGGGAUGCCGAAAUCUCUUCUUUUGAAAAGCUGAAUAACGAGCUCCGAGAACAACUGGCGAAAAGUAAGAACGAAAAAGAGAUUUUAUUAAAAGAAAAAGCACGACUUGAAGGCGAGAUCAAGAAAGAAGUAAAUAGAAAUAACGAAAUCGAAUUGUAUUAUCAGGAACAGCUUCAAGAAAAAUCAAGAGAGCAAGAGCAACUCAAACAGGCCAUGGAAGCUGAGAAAAUGUCAACUAUCAAUGAGUUCGAAGCGACUAUUCGUGAUCUAAGUCGAGAACACAGUGAAAGAAUUAAACUCUUGGACCAGCAAAGAGGAGCUUUGGAAGGAGAUUUGAAAGAUAUGCUUGCAGAGAAAGAUGAAACGAUAAAAAAACUGUUGCAACAAAUUAGGGAAAAGGAGCUCAUGUCCAACAAGUAUCUCGCAGAAAAUGAGUCUAUUAAGAGGACAUUUGCAGCAAAGAUCAAAGUGCUGGAAGAUGAAAAACAAGCACUUGACAACUCGAUCACGGAAAUGAUGAUUCAACAUCGAACAGAAAUGGAAGAACUGCAAAAACAACACACAAAACAACAUCAACAACUGAUUGCUUCAUACGAGCCAACUCUUGCUAGACUGAAGUCAGAUAUUGACGAAUGCCAGACUGUUAUUAAAAACCAGAAGGAAAGCUUGAAGAUAUGCCAAAGACAAAUUGAAGAUCACGAAAAGCAACGACUCUUCGACAUUAAUUCUUUACGAAAUGAAUACGAAGAGAAGCUUCGAAAGAAAGAUAAAGACAUUGAGGUUAUGAAAGAUAAAGAGUGGGAGUACACAAAAAAACUCGAAAGUAAGGAAGACAUGAUUAAUAGCUUAAAGAAAAUGCUUGACGAGAGAAAGCAAGAAGCGGAGAGCCUGAAGGAUGAAGUUAAAUCUCUUACAGAACGAGAAAACAAUACGAAGCGAGAGAUGCUGCGCAUGAGUCUUCAACUCGAACAUGAAAAAGAGCAAAAAGAUAAAGAAAUCAACGAGAAACAUGACCAAAUGCUUAAAAUGCUCAAAAAAGAACGAGACGACGCAACAGCAAUUCUCGAAGACAAAGAUCGACAAAUUGAUGAGCUAAGGAGAGAGAUAAUGGUUCUUAACACUGAGUUGUCUCUUGCAGCAUCGAUGAAAAAGGCCCCUUAUGAUAAGUUGAAACCACAAAAUAAGUCCAGCUCAAAAUAUCAACAGCUUAUUAAUGAAAUCGACGAUGAGUUAAGCCUUGGAUCAAUAGAUAUGGUUUCUUCUCCCUCUUCAUUUUCAUCAAAAAUGGAAAACAAAGAAGCUCCAGUGGAUGUACCAAAGGUUAAUGCUUCAGUAGAUCUGUUAACAGUGAGCAACAUGCAUAUGGAGCAAAUCACCACUCUGAACUCACUUGUGACAGAACUAAGGUUAGAUUUGGAAUCUCAAAAAGAAAAACUGUACAGAUCUGAAGAAAAGUUAAUCAGCAUGUCCUUGGAAAACAAACAACUACGAGCAAAACUGAAAGAAGCAGUACAUGAUUUAAAAACUUUAUGUAAAGAAAAAGAAAAGCUGACAGACAUGAGCAAUGCCCUCAAAAAGGAAGUCAUUAGCUUGAAGGAACGAAAUUUUAUGAUUGAAAAUACAUUAACGCCCUUAAAUGUAGCCCUCACUACUGAAGUCAACAAUAAUAGCAACAACACGAAUGGUACACGUGACAUUGGAGUCAACGGAAAGUCAAAACCUCUUUCAUCUCGAAAGAAAAAACACUAG